GAAGGGAGGGAGGGAGCAGAAGGAGGAAAGAAAGGCAGGAAAGAAAAAAGGAAAGAAGAAAUGAACAAGUCAAGCAAAGAUACCAGGGGAGAAUUCAUUCAUUCAAGCAUCCAUCCAUCCAUUCAUUCAUUCAACAAAUAUCUAUUGAAUUCCUAUCAGGCUCCGUUCUAGGCACUAAGGAUACAAUUAGCAAGCUCAAGUGACUGGCAACUGACUCUCAGCAUUUCCAGCUGAGGCCAGAGCCGGCUGCAAGGGCACACCCGGCUCGGACUGGACCGAGGACCACUAACACCUACAUGACUACUCAGCUCUCAGCUUCCCAACAGAGGCGCUAAUCUUGAGGGUCUGACCCUCCCUCCUGCACACUUCGGUUCCAUCUCUCAGGAUGAUCCCUAAGGAGCAGAAGGGGUCCGUGAUGGCUGCCAUGGGGGACCUCACUGAACCAGUCCCUUUGCUGGACCUGGGCAAGAAGCUGAGCGUGCCCCAGGACUUGAUGAUGGAGGAGCUCUCGCUACGCAACAACAGAGGAUCCCUCCUCUUCCAGAAGAGACAGCGCCGGGUACAGAGGUUCACCUUUGAAUUUCCAGCCAGCCAGAGGGCGCUGGUGGACCGAAGCGCCAAGGGGAAGGUGACGGGAACAGUGGGAACAGCGGAGGCCGGCCCCCUUCACGCCCAGGGGAAGGUUGCCAAUGGCCUCGAGGGGCAGAGCUGCAGCUCCGAGCUCCACAUCUUCCGGGCCACGCCCGGGGGCCCCGAGGUGGCCCAGCCCUCAGCCUUCCCUGCGGAGCGCCCCCGCAGCCCCAGCGCCCUGGCGCCAGGCUAUGCCCAGCCGCUGAAGGGCGUCCCGCCGGAGAAGUUCAACCACACGGCCAUCCCCAAGGGCUACCGCUGUCCUUGGCAGGAGUUCAUCAGCUACCGGGACUACCAGAGCGAUGGCAGAAGUCACACCCCCAGCCCUGCUGAGUUUCGAAAUUUCAACAAGCAAGUUAAUAGGCAAGCCACAGAUGUGAAGAAAGUAUCUGCAAACAUAUAUCUGACAGAGGACUAACAUCUAGAACAUACAUAUAUUUUAAAAACUCCUAUAACUAGUUAAUAAAAAGACAGACACCCAGUAACAAUGGCCAAAAUAUUUGAACAGACACUUCACAAAAGAAGAUAUAUAAACAACCAACAACUACUGAAAAAAAGGAAAUGCAAACUGAAACCACAAUGAAAUACUACAAUAUGCCCAUCAGAAUGGCUAAAAGUCAAAAGACUUUUUAUAUGAAACUUUGGUGAUGUUUUGGAGCAACUGGAACUCUUGUUGGUGGGAAUGUAAAAUGGUACUACCAUCUUGGGAAAAGUUCCAACGGUUUCCUUUAAAACUAAAUGGGCACCAGCAUUGUGAUCCAGGAAGUCCGCUCUAUUUAUUUCAAGAGAAAUAAAAACAUAUAUUCACCAAGAAAAAAAAAGUGUACAAGGAUAUCCAAAGCAGCUUUAAUUCAUGAUAGCAAAAAGUUGAUAGGUAAGUGAUGGUAUAAUCAUACAAUGGAAGGUAAGUGAUGGUAUAAUCAUACAGUGGAAUGCUACUCAACAAUAAGAAGGAAUUAUACACAUCCUGGAUGACCCUCCAAAACAUCAUGUUGUUAAGAAGCCAAAUACAAGGAGUUCACAAUGCAUGAUUCCAUUUUAUGUAAAGUUCUAAAAUAAGUAAAACUAAUUUAUGGUGAAAAAAAUCAGAGCAGUAGUUGCCUCUGGAGAUUGAUGGGGGCAGGGUAUUGACUAGGGAGAACAGGGGACAUUUUUCUGGAAUGAUGGUAAUGUUCUACAUCUUGACAGGGAUUUGGGUCACAUAGAUGGAUACAAUGUCAAAAUUCUUGAGUAGCAUAUUCAAGAUAUGUGCAUUUCGAUCUGUAUAAAUUUUACCUAGAAAAUCUACAAAUAUUGUCAACUCAAGGUCAUUAUAUAAAUGCUUAAGUGCUUCAAGGUGAAGUAUGCUGCUGUUUUCAGUCUACUCUGAAAUGCAUAAAAAACAGAUUGAUGAAUAGACAGGUAUGUGUUGAAGCAAAUAUGGCCAAAUGUUAAUUGUAGAUCUGGUUAGUAGAUAUGUGACUGCUCACUGUAAAAUUCAACCUUUCUGUAUGUUAGAAAAUUUUUAUAAUAAAAUGUUAGGGAGAAUACAAAGA